AUGGGAGACAAAAAUUAUAAUAAAAGAAAAAGAACUGAUUCUAGUUCAACCGAAAAUUCUGGUAGUAAAAAAAAUAAACGUGAAACCGGUGAAAAAAAAAUAGAAAAAAAAAAGAUCGAAAACGAAAAGAAAAAUGGUGAAAGAAAGAAUUCUCUUCCACGAAGACCUAAUGCUGACCAAGAGAACCAAAAUGGAUGUCGUUCUCAUAGUUCGUUAACCCGUCCCGGUGUAUUUUUGAAUUCUUACGAUUUGGUACUAGAACUGAAUACCUUUGCUAAACAAAGCAGUUCAAAACAAAAGAAUAAAAAAAACACUUAUUGUUAUACCAAAUUAUCAACAGAUUUUCAAGAUGAUGAUGAUGACUAUGCUGUUAUAGACAUCAUUUACCCAAGUGGUCAAAAAGAGAAGUUUGCUUUAGCAAGUUCAUCAAAAUUUGAAUAUGACCCUGUAGACGAAUUAUUUAGAUUUGUAGAAACGUUUAUUUUUUAUUUUAUUAAUAAUGGAGUUAAAGCAGAUGAUGAAGUUGAUGAACAUUCAGAUCCUAAGCCACAUACCGACAUCCAAAAACGUUUUACUUAUUCUAAAGAAGGAAGGAUUAGAAACCAAAAUUCAAUAUACAGGGACCUCCGAUCUUCUUUAAGAACCAAGCGUAAGGAUAAGUUUAUUGAAGCAAUAAAUAGCUUCAAUAGUCAGAUGGAUGACUUGGUUCAAAAUAAUGACUUAAAAUCGUUUCUUAAUGCGAGGAAACCUGAGAGUUGCUUUUUAGAAUUUAUAUUGGAGCAAAUAUAUGCUCGUUGCUGUAGUGAAACUGAUUUACCAAAUAUUACAAAGGCAAAAUCUUUUUCUGAUGCUACUUAUGGCGAAUUACAGUUUGCUCUUGUUGAAGAAAUGAUCCAAAAAGCAGGAAUCAAUGACAAUUCAACUUUUAUUGAUUUAGGAUGUGGUAUUGGUAAUAUAGUCAUUCACGUAAAUUCUAGGAUCGGGUGUGAUUCUUAUGGUGUAGAAUUUAAUGAAGCGCGAUUCGAUAUAGCAGAUAGACAAGUAAAUGAAUAUAAAGGCAGGAUGGCUUUAUGGGGUUUAGAUCAAACCGGUACAGUAGAAGUAAUGAAAGCUGACUUUCUCAAUUCGGAUUAUGUGGUCCGUUUAUUAAGGAAAGCAGACAUAGUUCUCACUAAUAAUUACGCAUUUACUUCAUCGACGAAUGAAGCCCUUACAAGAUUAUUCUUGGAUAUGAAGGAAGGAGCUAAAAUUAUAAGUCUUAAAGACUUCAGAACUGGUGCUAAUCGUAAUGGCCCGGAAUCGAUUUUAAAAGUCGCCAAGUAUUCUUAUCCUCCAGAUAGAAAUUAUGUUUCAUGGACCAAUGCCGAUGGCUGUUAUUUUGUUUCAACAGUUAAACAUAAUUGA